AUGCAGGGUACUGACCAACCUGCCAGAACCGCCGCGCCUGAGGAGGAUGGUGCGGACCAUAUCGGCUACGAGACCCCUCGAUCCGGCGUAGCCACUCCUCACCCCGACCCUCACGAUAAACGCCUGCCCGGAAUCAUGACCUACUUUUCCCAGGUUCGUCAAGACCUUUCUGCAAGUCAGGAAAACUUUUCUACAAUGUCAAUUCCAGAGAGGCGCGUGUCCUCGGACCAGAAGUCAGACCAGCAGUUGCUGGGCUGCGUAUGCAGAGAAAUGCAGUUGCCUGAGCAUGCUGAAGGCUCUCAGCCUUGCAUGCAAUCACAGCCCAUAGAAGCUCACUCCCCGCGGUCCAAGUCCUUGGCUGUUCGCACGCGCGAUAGCCAAGAGCAACUGAAGGGAUCUACAACCUCCUUGCCAGCCCCCAUCACUACACAUUCAUCCUCCUCCUCUUCUUCUUCUUCUCUGGGGUCUGCCACUCCAGAAACAACCUUUUCAGGCGGAGAGACUAGAAGCGUCAGUUCAUCAGGCACUUCUAGCCGCUCAGAACCUGUAAAGUCUGGUGGUUGUUCGCAGGACCGCGAAUCCUCCUCCCAUACAUCUACUACUUUUCCUUUGUCAGAUACCACCGCUGCACCAGCUCCAUGUUCCGUGUCACGUAUACAAGCCCACAGAUCUUCUUCUUCAACUUUGCAGUUGCAUCGACUCAGCGUUGGGCUUGAGGCAGCUCAGGCUCCACCCAGCAAAUGGUUUUCGCUUCAAGGACUGAAAGAGCUAACUCGUGGUCUCUUAAUCAAGAGCGGCCCGCCUACCCCUACUAGAGCCCUCUCUACAGCCAACUCACAGUCAGAUGGCAGGGACACUCCGAGCGGAUCUAGCAACGAUGGCGCCGAGACAAGUGGCACCGUAACCCCGAAGAACUCUGGCGCCGACGCUCCGGCAGCCAAGGGGAAAUUGACCAUCAAAAUUGUCGAAGCGCGGGGAAUACGCAAGAGCCGUGACCCUUACGUCGUUGCCGUGUUCCAACGUAGCGAACUGAUAUCUGGAGGACCCCAUGCCAUCGAAGAGGAGGAACAAGUGGUUGGAACACCUUCCGGACUUGGUUCCAUUCCAAUGAAGCGCCAAGUAAGCGAUUCUGGCAGGCCCAUGGCCAUCCCGAUGCGCAGCCGCCAGAGUAGCAAUACUAGUAUUAGCGACUACAACACUUUCCGCAACCGAACGUCUCGAACUCUCUUUUCAAGCCCGAAAUGGGACGCAGAGGCAGUUUUCGACGUUGUCGACUCGGAUAUGCAGGUAGACAUUUCGGUAUACGACCAUGCGGCUUCCGGAGAAGAAUUCUUGGGCCAUGUCAACCUCGAGGCCCGGAAGGACAGCCCUGUCAAGGGGUGGUUUGCUCUGCAAGGCCAUGCGAACACCACCGUCGAGAAUAUACCAACGGGCGAAAUAUUUGUUGAGGUUUCUUACCAGAGAACUGAAAAGAAGCACUUUGGCCCAAGCGAUUUUGAGAUUCUCAAGCUUAUCGGAAAGGGCACUUUUGGCCAAGUCUACCAAGUUCGAAAGAAGGAUACCCAGCGGAUUUAUGCUAUGAAAGUGUUGCAGAAGAAGGUGAUUGUCCAGAAGAAGGAAGUGGCGCAUACUGUGGGAGAGCGGAAUAUUCUUGUUCGCACCGCCACAUCAGAUUCGCCCUUCAUCGUUGGGCUCAAGUUCUCCUUUCAGACACCAUCAGAACUGUACUUGGUGACUGAUUACAUGUCUGGCGGAGAACUCUUCUGGCAUCUCCAGAAGGAAGGCCGAUUCGACGAGAAGCGAGCCAAGUUUUACAUCGCCGAGCUGAUCUUGGCAAUCCAGCACCUUCACAACAAUGAUAUUGUGUACCGCGAUCUUAAGCCUGAAAACAUUCUUCUGGAUGCAAACGGCCACAUUGCCCUCUGCGACUUUGGAUUGUCCAAGGCAAAUCUUACAAAGAACGACACCACCAAUACCUUUUGCGGAACCACGGAGUACCUUGCACCUGAAGUUUUACUCGAUGAGUCAGGAUAUACCAAAAUGGUCGACUUUUGGUCGCUGGGCGUCUUGGUGUUUGAGAUGUGCUGUGGAUGGAGCCCCUUUUACGCGGAAGACACUCAGCAAAUGUACAAGAACAUUGCCUUUGGCAAGGUUCGGUUCCCGCGUGACACCCUAUCUCAGGAAGGCCGCAACUUUGUCAAGGGGUUGCUUAAUAGAAAUCCCAAACACAGACUAGGAGCAACGGACGACGCUGAAGAGCUCAAGAGACAUCCCUUCUUCAACGAUAUUGACUGGAAUCUCCUGGCCAAGAAGCUCAUUACACCGCCCUUCAAGCCCAAGUUGAAGUCGGCAACGGACGUCUCGUACUUCGACCCAGAGUUCACCACUGCGUUGGAUCAGAAUGGAUCUCUUAACGAACGUGCUGCCGCGCUGGCCCGGGGAUACGCUGCCUCCACACCUCUUUCACCAUCGGUGCAGGCCAACUUCCAUGGAUUCACCUAUGUUGAUGAGAGCGCACUAGAUGACCACAUGCGCGAUUUCAGAAAUGACGACGAGCAUAUGGAUGAUGCCCACGCGAAUGGUGACGAUGAUUGGGAUAAUCUAGAUGAUAUCGAUCCCCGCGCGUCCAACCGAAUGAGUGGCAUCGUUAGAUCUGGACACGAUGAGCAAAUGGUUGGAGGCUCGCAUUUUGACCCGUAA